AAACAUAAUUAUGGGAUGGCUAGGAUCAGCUCGUAGUCUUGAAUAAAUAAUGGGGUACAAACCUCGUUGUGCGGAAUAAUGCUCCCCUCACAUAAAUUAUACAUACACACAAUAUUACAAAACUGACCCACUACACAGCCCAACCCAGACCACAUCCACCGGCUCUGGAUCCAGACAUUAGAUCGGCGGCCAAUGUUGUCAUCCUACGUUUCUUGAUCUUAGACUGAAUUCUUUUACACAUAGUAUAUUGAUUGAGUAGUCAUGGCAAGAAGUCAAGCAAUUAACGCAAGAAGGUUUACAAGGGGGCUUUCUCAUUCCAAAUCACGUUAUCCUAUACCCACUAUUCUUGUGUUUGUGGCUGCAGUUGUUCUCAUUGGAUAUGUUUUUUGGGGAUCAGGUGUUUCUGGGGGUAUUGGAGGAGGUUUCAGUAAAGUAGAAGGUGAUUACACAUGCACAUUUGAAGUUCAAAGAGCAAUACCGAUUUUAAAGAAAACAUACGGUGACAGUAUGCACAGAGUUUUGCAUGUUGGUCCUGAUACCUGUUCAGUAGUUUCUAAAUUGCUAAGAGAAGAGGAAACUGAAGCAUGGGGUGUGGAACCAUAUGACAUAGAAGAUGCCGAUAGAAACUGCAAAAGACUUGUGCGCAGAGGAAAUGUACGCGUGGCUGAUAUCAAGUUCCCGUUGCCGUACAGAGCGAAAACAUUUUCUCUUGUUAUUGUGUCAGAUGCACUUGAUUACCUCUCCCCAAAAUACUUGAACAAGACUCUUCCAGAAUUGGCCAGGGUAUCUUCUGAUGGCAUAAUUAUAUUUACAGGUUAUCCAGACCACUCCAAAGCUAAAGCUAUUGAUCCACCAAAAUACGGGCGCCCGGCCAAAAAGCGAAGCCCGUCUUGGUGGAUACGCUUUUUUGUUCAGACCAGCUUAGAAGAAAAUGAAGUGGCCAUUAAGAAGUUCGAGCAGGCUUCAACACGGGAUUCAUAUAGGCCAGGGUGCCAAAUUUUCCACCUCAACUCAUACCAUUGAUAUGAAAAUGAUUCCUUGCAGCACUACCCCCCUCUUCAGUAUUUAAUAGAACUCUUGAGCACGGAGUACAAAUCUUCUCUGGCUCAACUGCAAGUAUGCCUGUGUUUGUAGGAUAUACAAUUCGGCCAGACAUGUCACCACUUCUUUGCCUUCUUAAUCAAGUUGGAUAGGAAGGUUCUCCAAUAUUUAUACAGUUAGUUAAUUUAAUUCAUAUCUACAUUCAGUGUAACAUCUAUUGUAUUACCAGUUUGCGCCACAGGAAUUUGAGUAAUUUAUGGCACUGCAGUUGAAACUGUUGUAUUUUUGAUUUCGAGUAUAAUGAAGCAGCCAUUAGACGUUAUAAAUUAUAA